GAUCCGAAUAUGGAAAUCUGGGUUGCACAAGUACAUCUCCUACCGACUGCGCUGAGUACUUAAGUAGGGAACAUUAUUCAGAGAAGGGGAAGUAAUUAGCAUUAAUCAACUAUUGUAUCCAUCACCUCCCUCGAUGAAACGCUCAGCAGUAUCUUAUAACGGAGAGCCCUCUUCACGCAACCGACAAAAAAAAACACGAAUCUUGGACCCAUCCGAGGAUCCGGUAAACUUUGCUGAACAAGUUGACGAGGCACUGGAAGAUCCCACCGCAAACCGUAGAGGUCGCGUCAAGACCGAAGGCUAUGAAUCUGACUCCAGCGAUGAUGGAGAGGGCGUUGUGCACAGCAGGAGAAAGGAGGAUGACAAGAAUGACGACGAUGAUAUGUUUGCGAUAAGUGAAAAAGAAAAAACAGAGAAAGCUGAUGGUAAAAAGAAGGACAAAAAGUAUAUGCGACUCGGUGACAUUGAAGGACAAGAAUUCCAAAACUCCGAAUCAGAGGAGGAUCUCUCGGACGAAGAAGAAGACGAGCCUGAAGAUGAGGAUGAUGCUGAAAGAAGGAAAAAGGCUGGGAUGGGUUACGAAUUGUCUUCUUUUAACAUGAGGGAAGAGAUGGAGGAAGGAAAGUUCACGGAGGAGGGGGACUAUGUUCGCUCGUUUGACCCACAUGUUGUUCACGAUCGCUGGAUGGAUGGACUAGAUGAGAAGGAAAUAAGACUGGCGCGCCGACAGAAGAAGCAUCAGGAGCGAAGAGAAAGAGAAAGGGCAAAGGCAGAGGAACAGGAGCGAGAGAGCAGUGGCGGGAAGGCAGCUAUGGAAAAGGAACUACUCUCCUUCCUCAAAAAGGGAGAAACCGUUUUGGAGGCCUUACAACGUCUCGGCCUUGAAGCAAAACGGUCUAAAUCCAAGUUGAAACGCGAAAAGACCUCCGCGGCGGAGACUACACCAAUCGAGCGUAUCACUCAUUUAGCUUCGACUAUCAUGGCGAUGGGGAACACCGAUGUGUAUUCUAUGACCUACGAGGAGCUCGUUCGUUCUGUCCGGUCAUCUGGGAUAGUAGACGCUUCUUGGACUGCUAUUUCCGCGGAUAAACGGUUUGAAUAUAAGUGGGAUGCCCCAGGAGCAGGACAAUCGACGGAAACGUUCGGUCCUUUCAGCGAGGAGGAAAUGCGCGCUUGGCACAAAGCAGCUUAUUUUGGCCUAUCAGGCGAAAAAGUCAAAGUGCGUCAAGAAGGUGAAGAGUGGGGAGAUUGGGAAGAUGUCCUGCCAUGACAUGAAUUUUACUUGCUCUCACAAUUCUGUAUUUCUACAUAGUCCUACAUGAUACACCCGAUACUAGUGAUGUAAAAAUACAACAUGAGGGAUAACAAAGUGGCGCGGGAGAAACCUUCUCUAGUGACUAAUGUAUUGAAAAACAAAGGAAACCU